AGCAGGAAAACAAGUACGUCGUCUGGUAUGAUGGGCAUAAUGGGACAACCCCGGUGUCAAGCCUAAAGACUCAGAUUCUUUUUCAAAUGAAUUACCCGGACCUACAGGCGAAAGACGUAGGUGGUCCACGUUCAAGAAAUCUCGCUCAGACAUGGGAGAACCUGGCCCGUACAGGGGGGCGUCUAUGGUCGACCGAUGACCCUCGACGAGAGAUGCGCCUGAUGACGCCGAUGAUGGUCACCUCCAGCGUGGUGGACGGUGAACAAGGAAAAAGAAGAAUUUUGCCGCACGACGCGCUUAUGCACGCGUUGUGGUCUCAGGCUGAGUGGGAGGAACUACAUCAAGCCGCGCGAUUACGAGGCGGAGAAGACGUCGAACAAGAAGCCCGGCUUGACCUGUUCCUGGAUUUGUCCAGCUCUGGCGGAGUACAGGAGGACGAGAUCGAGACCAGGCAGACGCUUCUUGAGUGGAAUGCAGCAGCAUCUCGUGAUGGCCUACCUCGUGGUCCAAAUAAUGAGCCGGGAGCUUGCUUCGAUCCUGAGGUAGAUACGGCAUUUCUGAAUAACGCGGUCAGAGUUUUUCGGCCUGGUGUUGCAGCAAAAUCGGUCUGUUUCCUUUCCAUUUUUAUUGACGAGAAAAAUGGCACUACACCGGUAUGGCGCAUAAAGAGGCAACUUCUGGCACAGAUGCAGCAGCGUUCUGAAGAUGAUUUUCACCUUCAUAAGCUGACCGACGAGGCUAUGCGCACGCGUUUCCGUAUCAUUCGCCAGACGCCAAUGAUUCCCUUAGGGGAAGUCCUGGACCACGACGAGCCCCUGUCCAAGGCCUUCCCGUCUGACGACACUCGCCGGUUUGAGGAUUUGCUCAAUGGACAUGAGAUGCUCUCCGUGCUAUUCGAAAAUUAAACCAUUAUACGAGGUCACCUACCAUGCUCAACUACAGACGAACGCCUG